UCAGUAUAUAUUUAUUACUCCUGUAUCCCCUGCAGCUAUUAUUCCGUUUUUUUGCCUGAAACAGAGGAGCUCAUUGGAGCAAUCAUGGGUGGAGGCAACGGUCAGAAAGCGAAGAUGGCUCGUGAAAGGAAUGCCGAGAAGCUCAAGGGAGCCAAAGGAAGCCAACUUGAUACGAACAAGAAGGCCAUGAAUAUCCAGUGCAAGGUGUGCAUGCAGACAUUUAUGUGCACAACUUCGGAGGUGAAGUGCAGGGAACAUGCCGAGGCCAAACAUCCAAAAUCUGAUCUCUUUACCUGUUUCCCUCAUCUCAAAAAAUAAACAUAGGUGUUCUUGUAGAAAAUGUUGGCAUUAUCUCCAAUCACUAGUGGCAAAAGUGUCGACCCAAGCAAGAUGUGGAACUCUGUAUUUGUACUUGUUUGUGAGACUGGCAAGUUGUGUUAGUGGAUGGUUUUACUUUUAA